AUGUCCAGCUCACCGGCUCUCCCGAGCCAGCAUGUCCAGAUAUCUCCAGCAGGUGCCCCUCCCGCUCGCCGCGAUCCUCCCCGACGCCGCGUCCUUCUCGCAAAACACCUCGACCCCUUCCAGAGAACCCUCCAGGCCCCACAGCUCGCGCAGCGCGAAGUCGACGACGCAACCGCCCUCGCCCACGCACCGCGCGCCGGUCAAGAUGGCCUCGGCGCGAAGCAAGAUCCAGCGGAUCGUUUCCAGCACCUUCUCCUCCCCGGAGCGGAGCCGGUCGAGCGCAGGGUACGCCACCACCCCAGACCGCCUCGCGCCUUCGCCGCCAUCUGCCCGGGACCGCUCGCGGCGGUGGGUCUCGAGGACGACCUGCCUGCGCCGGAGCUUGGCGGCGAAGUCGCCCCACCAGACGAAGUACUCGUUGCGGCGGCGCCAGCUGAGAGUCUCGAGGUCACCGUGGAGGGCCUCCAGGGCGGCGAGGUCCACUCCCGCAGCCACAGCCCGGGCGCUAAUGUGUGCGGGCAAGGGCGUCGACCGCGGCAUCAGGGCUGGGGCGUCCUGGUAGGCCUUGAGGAGGGCGGGCUGGCUAAUGUAGGGGCGCAUGCUCGUCAUCCUGGUGGAGGUGGCUGUAUGUGUUUUUGGGAGCGUCUUGUGAUGAGAUGA